GGCCUCGCUCCCUUCCCAGCCAUCACACACAACGAUCUUGCUCUCUCAUCGGGACAAGAAGCACACAGUAGAUCGAUCACGAGUGCAAACCACCCCAGCCAUGGCUUGGAGUUCCAGCAGCACCACCAUGUCCUCGCUUCUCCUCAUGGCGCUGCUGCUCUCCUGCAGCGGCAUGAGCGGCGCGGCGCGGUUGCUGGAGGAGGCGCCGCCCAAGGAGGAGUACCCGCACCCUGCUGUGCCGGAGUUGCCCAAGCCCCAGCUGCCGCCGCACCCUACCGUGCCUGAGCUGCCAAAGCCCGAGGUGCCACCCCACCCCGCCGUCCCGGAGAUGCCCAAGCCUGAGGCGCCGCACCCCGUGCCAGAGCUGCCCAAACCUGAACUGCCUCCUCACCCAACCGAGCCAGAGCUGCCCAAACCUGAGGAGCCGCACCCCGUGCCAGAGCUGCCCAAGCCCGAACUGCCUCCUCACCCUACCGAGCCCGAGGUGCCGCACCCUGUGCCGGAGAUUCCGAAGCCUGAACUGCCACCUCACCCUACUGAGCCUGAGCUGCCAAAACAUGAGGAGCCGCACCCGGUCGCGCCAGAGCAGCCAAAGCCCGAGCUCCCUCCUCACCCCACCGUGCCAGAGCACCCGACCGUGCCGGAGCUGCCAAAGCCCGAGCUGCCUCCUCACCCCACCGUGCCGGAGCUGCCAAAGCCCGAGCUGCCUCCUCACCCCACCGUGCCGGAGCUGCCGCACCCAGAGGUGCCGGAGGAGCCAAAGCACGAGCUGCCACCGAAGCCAGAGGAGCACUACCCGGAGCCGGCGGAGGCGAAACCAUGAGCGGAGAUUGCAGACAUAGUCAUCUAUUGAUCUAUAUUCUAUCAUUUUACGCCCGUGCAUGUUGUGUCUAUGCACAGUUAUGUGUAUGAGUUCUGAUGCUGUAUUGCUGUGUGCUUUGCUUAUUACGAGAGCUUGCUUGUGAUGAGCUAGUUAGCGCUGCGCUUUCAGCUAGGAGAGAUCUGUGCUUCACCGUAUGUAUAUCUUUUGUAUGAAUAAAAGAGUUCUAUCACAUUCUUGAGAGUUG